AUGUCUUGCACCAAAGAAUACGCUCUCCUCUGCUUAGAAAACCCCCUGCUUGAUAUUCAGGCUCAGGGCAAUGAAGAUCUUCUCAAGAAAUAUGGCCUUGAAGCCAACAAUGCUAUCCUAGCUGAGAAUGAGCUUCACAAAUCCAUUUUUGAGGAUCUCCUUAAAAACUACUCGGCCAAGUUAAUCGCUGGAGGUGGUGCCCAGAAUACUGCACGUGGCGCACAAUACCUACUUCCUCCCAAAUCUGUUGUUUUCCUCGGUGGGGUUGGGUCUGACAAAUAUGCCGAUAUUCUAAAAGAUGCUGUCAAAGAUGCCGGACUCCGAGUCGAGUACCGAGUAGACGCUAAACAACCAACUGGCCGCUGUGGUGUUGUUAUUACAGGCCACAAUCGAUCCAUGGUUACUGAUCUUGGGGCUGCUAACCACUACGAUCUUGACCAUCUGAAGUCUCCUGAAGUAUGGAGCCUCGUCCAGAACGCAGAAUACUAUUUCGUAGGUGGAUAUCAUCUAACCGUUUGUCCGCCUGCGAUAAUGGCACUGGCAGAAGAAGCUGCGACUAAGAAUAAAACAUUUAUCUUCUCGCUGUCUGCUCCCUUCAUUUCUCAAUUUUUCAAGGGCCCCCUAGACGAAACCUCACCAUACUGGGACUAUGUCAUUGGCAACGAAACAGAAGCUUUAGCCUAUGCCGAAUCGCAUGAUUUGAAUACCAAAGAUAUUAAAGAGAUAGCUAAGGCUCUUGCCGCUCUACCAAAAAAGAAUACACAAAGAAAAAGGACUGCCAUCAUUACGCAAGGCACCGAUCCCACCAUUGUAGCAGUCGACGGAGAAGAACCCCUCACGUUUCCUGUUCAUGUUAUCGACAAAAAUCUCAUCAAUGAUACUACAGGCGCCGGUGAUGCUUUCGCAGCCGGCUUUGUCGCUGGACUGGUAUCUAAACUAUCCCUAGCUCAAGCGAUUGACCAAGGACAGUGGCUAGCAAAACUUAGUAUUCAGGAGCUGGGGCCUUCGUACGUGACCACCCCAAAUAAAAUCAUGAAUAUGCAACUUCAAAAACUUGAUUUGUAUCCCUCCCCGAAACAAACCUACACGCCUGCUAUCUAG